AGGGAGAGGAAAGGGAAGAGUGAGGAAGGGUCCCAAGAGGAGGGGAGCGGGGAGGGGAGAGGAGGGGGCCAGGAGGAGCAGUCAGGAGAGAAAGCUCUCCCUCCCUCCCUCCCUGCCUGCCUCCCUGCCUGAACUCCGCCUCUGCUCGACGCCAGGAUUUCCCGCCCGGACGAGUGGCGACUGCCCCGCGGAGCCUCAGUGCCAGGCGCGCCUCCUCUCUCUCUCUCUCUCUCUCUCUCUCUCUCUCUCUGAGCCGAGGCUGGGCUCGUGUCUUCGGGCUCGGGGGCCCCCCAUGCGCCUGCCUCCCCUCGGGCGGGGGCCAUGGCCAAGCUGCGGGUGGCCUACGAGUACACGGAGGCGGAGGACAAGAGCAUCCGCCUGGGCUUGUUCCUCAUCGUCUCCGGCAUCGUCUCGCUCUUCAUCCUGGGCUUCUGCUGGCUGAACCCGGCGCUGCAGGACCUGCAAGGCAAGGCGGCCAACUGCACGGUGCUCUCCGUGGCGCAGAUCGGGGAGUCCUUCGAGUGCACCUUCACCUGCGGCGCGGACUGCAAGGGCACCUCGCUCUACCCCUGCCUCCAGGUCUACGUCAACAACUCCGAGUCCCACGCCCGCGCCCUCCUCCACCAGGACGAGCACCAGCUCCUCGCCAACCCCAAGUGUUCAUAUAUCCCUCCCUGUGAAAGAGAAAAUGAGAAGAACUCUGACAUUGUAACCCACUGGCAGGAUUACUGGGAAGAUGAAGUUGGCUCUCAGCCUUUUACGUGCUACUUUAAUCAACACCUCAGGCCAGAUGACGUACUGUUACGGCGCACCCAUGACGAAUCUGUCCUUUUGCACUGCUUCCUUUGGCCAAUGGUGACGUUCCUGGUCGGUGUCCUCAUUGUGGUUCUGACUAUCUGUGCAAAGAGCUUGGCGGUCAAAGCAGAAGCCAUCAAGAAGAGGAAGCACUCCUAAACAGAGUCCCUUGAAGGGAGAAGUGGAGGGAAUUUGCCGGAGUCAGGAGUGCCAAAUGCAAUUGGCAGGCACUUUGGUGGUGCUUCCUAGCAAUGCUCAUUCCCAGUGUAUUGCCAGCCGUUGGUCUUGCUGAUGCCUGAAGAGUAAUCGUAGGUGACCACGCUGUGAAAUGUUAACUAGCUGCUUCUGCCACUAUGAAAGCCAACAUGUCUGUUCCACCAAAUGAUCCUAAGCUGCAACAAACUGGCUGUACCGCAUUAAUGAAGUAAUCUGAAGGAUGGCGCCUCACUCCAGGUCUCCAGAUAGACUGAAGGACAGUUUGUGAAAACCCAAAGUGUGGUUGACGACUUCAUCUUAGCAAAACUCUUUCUUACCAUUUAUUAUUUAGUAUUGAAUAUUUAUUAUUUCCUUUCUCAUAGAUUGUAUUUCUGAAAUAAUUAAAAAGGUGGUUGAUUUUUA